AUGUCUCCCGUCGCCUCGGCCAUUGGAGACCGCACCGCUCUAGUGGUUGGAGCUUCUGGCAUCACUGGAUGGGCCAUUGUGCGGGAAGCCCUCACAUAUCCAACGUCCACCACAUUUAGUCGCGUCAUUGGACUCACAAACCGACCACUGGAUCGAGCGAAGUCCUUCCUGCCUGAGGAUAGCCGCCUUACGCUGGCUCACGGAGUGGACCUCACCGCGAGCGUGGACGAUGUCGUAGCCAGGUUGGCCGAUGUUGACGGUAUCAAGGAUGUCACAGACGUAUACUUUGCUGGUUUUGACAUUCUUAAAGAGGUCAACGUCCGCAUACUCGAAACAGCUGUCCAAGCAGUCGAGCGAGUCAGUGCGAAUUUGCGAUUCUGGACUCUUCAGACAGGCGGCAAGUCGUACGGGUUUGUGCAUGUUCCGCAGCUGGGAUUUCCAAAAGUGCCCGCCAAGGAAACAGACCCGCGUAUUCCACAACCAUACCAAGAUCAAGUCUUCUACUAUUCUCAGUACGAUGCUCUCAAGAGGCUCUCCGCUGAGAAGAAUUGGCGCUUCGCUGAGAUCCGCCCAGACUUAGUGAUCGGCUUCGUACCCGGUGGCGGCAACGCAAUGAACUAUGCUCAGGCUCUCGGCAUUUUCCUUAGCUUCUAUGCAUAUCGCGAAGAAGACUCUUCCGGGAAGAAGAAGACCGUUCCAUAUCCUGGUCCUCCAGCUGCGUACAACAGCCAUUAUACUGAGAUUGGACAAACAACAUUGGCUAGAGCACACAUAUUUGCUUCUGGUCUGAAAAGAGCACCAAAUGGCGAGAUUUACAACGUGGGAGAUUCUCCGGUUACUACAGGGAACAAUUGGGCUGAGAAAUGGGCGUCGAUUUGCGGCAUGUUUGGCCUUGCAGGCGUUCCCCCAGAGAAAACGGCCGGCUUUAGUGUGGCGGCGUACAUGGCGCAACAUCGCGAGGAAUGGGAGAGCUUCGAGACCCAUCAUGACUUGAUGCCGGGUAUCAUUCAGAGGACGAGCUGGGAGUUCAUGGAGGUGCUUACGUCGUUGCCGGUGUUCGACAGACACUAUGAUUUGACCAAGGCAAGGGCUGCAGGGUUCGAGAGUCGUUCGAAUGUGCUGAAAAAUUACGAAGAGGCCUUUGGCUUGAUGAAGGCUGCCAAGAUGAUUCCUUAG